AUGGCGCCUUCCGGAGAUUUGCCGAUGGGCAUCGAACAGGCAUUCACGUUCCAUUUCCCUGAUGCCAUCGGAGGCCUCGAAGUAAAACUGGAAGAAGCGGAUUCCUUGGAUGAAUCUGAUUGGUCUAUGAACCUGGAAGUGACUCUCGCUGACUGCAUGCUCGAACUGAUGAGCACGAACACGAACCAAGUCUCCGUCCUCUGGCUCAGCAUCAGAUUCCUCCGCCGUUUCUGGAGACGCUUAAAGAUGGGUGGACCGUCCCCCUGGGAGCAGCUCUACCACAUGCUGAAGAAGGACCAGAGCAACUGCAAAGACGACGAAGUGAAGUCGCCGGCGGAACUGAUCAGCAUCAUUGAAGAGAACAUGACCGAACCGUCAAUGUUGAUGGACCAUUCCGAACUUGAUGACCUCGCAGCAGAUCUCGGCUGGGAUAAGACCUUCAUCCUGCCGCCGGCUCUGCUUGGCAGAGACGCAUAA